GUUUGCCCAGUUUUACCAGUAGUUCGGUCGCAAAAUGCAUAGAUCUAACAUCGGUGUCUACACUGCCUUAGUGGUCAGUUUUCUGGGAACAAUUGUCCUAGGUGCUCCUCUUUCUAACGAAGGGGAUCCUGCGGAGAUUACUAACUUUUAUGAACGGUUUAAUAAUCCCGAUGCACAUCUAUCCUUAACCAAUGCUCCAGAUACGACAUAUUUUAUCCAGGAGCAUGGUUACCCAGCGGAACGUCAUUAUGUGACCACUGAAGAUGGCUAUAUAAUCAGUCUCUUCCGAAUUCCCUAUUCCCACAAUUUAAAGAACCAGGAUGAGAAGAAACCAAUUGCCUUUAUGCAGCAUGGACUCUUUGGCAGCUCCGAUGCCUGGCCAAGUUUGGGACCGAAUGAUGCCCUUCCUUUCCUGCUUUCCGAUUCAGGAUAUGAUGUUUGGCUGGGCAAUGCUCGGGGAAACAGAUACUCCAGAAACCACACAUCCCGCUCCACAGAUCAUCCGGACUUCUGGCGCUUCAGUUGGCACGAGAUUGCCUAUUUCGACAUCGCUGCUGCCAUUGAUUAUACCUUGUCCACGGAGAAUGGAAAGGAUCAGGAGGGAAUCCACUAUGUGGGUCACUCGCAAGGCACCACAGUCAUGUUUGUCCUGAUGUCCUCGAGGCCGGAAUAUAACAAGAAAAUUAAGACGGCUCACAUGCUGGCCCCUGUGGCCUUUAUGGAUAACAUGGAGAACACCCUGGUCAAUUCCUUGUCUCCGUACCUAGGAUUUAACAACAUUUAUUCGACGCUCUUCUGUUCUCAAGAGUUUUUGCCCUACAAUGAUUUCGUGCUAGCUCUCAUGUACAGUGUUUGUCUUCCGGGAUCUAUUGUUUCCAGUUUUUGCAGCAGCAGUGAGGAAACUCCUCUGGACCAAGGAAGAACUAAUUCGACCGCCAACUCUGUGAUAUCGGGAGCCAUGCCUGCUGGUGUCUCCACGGAUCAGAUCCUCCACUACAUGCAGGAGUUUCAAUCGGGACAUUUCCGCCAGUUCGACUUCGGCACCAAGAAGAAUCUGAAGAUAUACGGAACCGAGGCACCGCCCGAUUACCCCACUGAACUCAUUACAACCGAGAUGCAUCUUUGGUACUCGGAUAAUGAUGAUAUGUCUGCCGUGAAAGAUGUCCUCAGGGUGGCUGAAACUCUCCCCAACAAGGUGAUGCACCAUAUGGAGGACCCACUGUGGGAUCAUGGAGACUUUGCUAACAAUUGGGAAGUACGUCAGUACAUCAACGAUCCGAUUAUAGCCAUCAUGAACGAGUACGAAACUAGAUCAGAGUCCAACUCUGUGCAGUAGUUUAGUUUUCAAGUUAUCAUAAUUUAAAAUUAUGUAAAUAAGAACAAAAAUCCAGCCAUAUCUUAUCUUUAACGGAUGCAACUUAGACAUCCACAAGUAGACUCACUUCAUUGUUGAACAAGGUCUACCAGAUUUGCACUUCACGCUCGACAUUUAUUUCAUCCAUAUGCAUAUUCAACUCAUUAGAUCUUAGCCGACUCUUGUAAUAAAAAGAAAAUUUCCCAUGUAGAAG